UAAAGAAAUUUCCAAUGGCCCCUCGAAAGUCACUGGUUGGCCAACGAUAAAUCGUGCGUGUUCUGCUUCCGCAUUGAGUGAUCACACGUGUUUGUUUAUAUCCUAGUGUGAGCUUUCUCACAUAAGCAUCCAGAAACUGAAAAUUAUUAAACAGUUUAAUUUGUAAAAAUGCCACCGCUGUGUGAGAGCUGUUUCGAUCAUGUCGAUAAACUCAAUCAGCAAGUUUCUGUAAUGCGAAAAGAAAUCAAAAAUCUAAGACAGAUGUUGGAGAACGCAGUAAAAUCCCACCGUAAACACAUGACUUCCCUCUUGUCCGCUGUGACAAACGUUUCUCAAGGCGACAACCAACCGCCAUAUCAACAACAAUCAUUAUCGGAAAAGACAGAAAUGGCACCAAAUGUUUCUUUGGAACAAGGCACUAUCCAGACAGUCCCUAUCGGCUACAUAAGGUCCUGUUUUUCAGCGAAGAAUGGCACACCAAGACAGCCCACGGUGUGUGGCCACUCCAGGGCCACGCUGUGCAUUCAGCCCAGUGUGUUCAACAACCCCGAUCAAGCUCUGAUGGGUCUCGAGCAAUUCUCCCAUGUAUGGGUCAUCUUCCUCUUUCAUAAGAAUGGUCACCUGAGUUACAAACCCAAGGUAAAGCCCCCCAGACUAAACGGUCAGAGGGUGGGUCUCUAUUCCACACGCACCCCUCACCGACCCAACGCCCUGGGCCUAACGCUGGCCAGGGUCGACAAAAUCGUAGGUGACACGGUACAUCUAUCAGGCAUUGACAUGAUUGAUGGGACUCCCGUUCUGGAUAUCAAGCCAUACAUCUCAGACUACGACUCCCCCCUCAGCCGACCCGGUGCAGAACCAUAUCAAAUGGAUGUAGGCCAACCGGAGACCGCAGCGUCGCCACAAGAUGAGGUAAUGGGCGACGUAUUAAGCAUCCGAAUGAACUCUGGGACUCCAUCCUCUGGGAAAGACACCUCAUUUGCUAGAGAUGAGUCUACCAAGGUUACCGGUCCCCACAGUAGUCCUAGAACUACGCUGAAGGACGAAGCCAUAACUGCUGACGUCGAGAAGAGAAGUGAGGCCUCUUCUUUGCCUGUUGCUGAUGCUAAUGCUGACUCCGCUGCCCCCUUUUCCAAAGAGCUGAGAAAUGUGCUAGUGGAGGUUAAAGCCUAUAUCAACGAUACUGAGCUGACCAGUGAAAAGGACAUAACAAAAUCCAAACGACCAGAGACAACCCAAUGCAAUCCUCGGCUUUGCUAUGGGGAAGAGGAGUACAGUACCAUUGCCACUUGGAUCAGAGCGCCCCCUGUUGGCAACCUGGAGGUGCGAUUCACGCCCCAUGCUCUUAGCGAAUUAGCAAAGUUUAUCCCGCCUCAACAUUCAGACCCCACCGGAAACUACUGUCCUCGCUUUAAGUUCCUACGCAGCCAGGAAGAGGCAUUGGCCGCCAUCAGAGCGGUUCUGUCGGCUGACCCGCGCUCCAUCUACCGGAGGAGCCGCUGUGAGGACAGACUGUUCUUCUUCACCCUGGACACCGCCGACAUCACCUGCUGGUUCGGCCCGGGCUUCGCUGAAGUCCUGCGGGUCCGGCGGGUCUAACCCUUAAUUGUUUAAAGUCGCAAAUGCUAAAAUAUCUGAUGUGCUAUAUAUAGACGGUAUACUUUCUAAAAUCAGCAAUUGUGAAUUUCAAUAGAAUCGCAAUAGUUACAUUGUUUCUGAAAUUCUAAAAAUCAUAAUUAAAGAUGUGACUACA